AUGGAUCAAAAUGCAAAACUGAGAGAUAAAUCAAUAGGUAACUCUAGGAGUUCAAGCAAUACAGAGAUUAUUUGCCCAGAUGGUAGUUCACCAUUAUCUUCGACAGAUAUCAUCGAACCUAGGGAGAGUAAUGAAAUCCAAGUACAGCAUACUAAUCUGCAUGAAAUAUAUAACUCUCAAACUAAAUAUCAAUUAAAAUCUUCACAUCAAUCGAAAAUAAUAGCAUUUUCUGGUGCGUUGGCGGGGUUCUUAUCAGGAAUUGCAGUAUGUCCCUUGGAUGUAGCCAAGACAAGACUUCAAGCACAGGGCUUACAAGUAACGAACCUUGAAAAUAAAUAUUAUCAUGGCUUAAUUAACACCUUAAGGACCAUUGUGUAUGAUGAAGGCAUACGUGGGAUUUACAAAGGGUUGACUCCGAUUAUUUUGGGUUAUUUUCCAACAUGGAUGAUAUAUUUUUCAGUGUAUGAACGGUGCAAAAAAUUUUAUCCGAUAUACUUCAAUAAUAAUGACUUCAUUUCCAACUCAUUCUCUGCUAUAUCUGCAGGAACAGUAUCCACUAUUGCAACUAAUCCAAUAUGGGUAGUAAAGACAAGAUUAAUGUUACAAACUCAUAUUGCAAGAACACGUACCCACUAUAAGGGAACGCUCGAUGCUUUCGUUACAAUAUACCAACAAGAAGGUAUACGAGCUCUGUACGCUGGCUUAAUUCCAUCAUUUUUAGGUCUUUUCCACGUUGCAAUUCAUUUCCCAGUAUUUGAACAAUUAAAAGAGAAGUUUAAUUGUUAUGAAAAAAAAUUAAUUCCAAAUACAAGUGAAUAUGAAUAUUCAAUUAAUUUAGAAAGAUUGAUUAUGGCUUCCUGCAUUUCUAAAAUGAUGGCAUCAUCCAUAACUUACCCACAUGAAAUACUGCGAACUAGGAUGCAACUCAAAUCGGAUCUACCAAAUUCGUUACAACGCCGUAUUAUCCCAUUAAUAAAAACCAUAUAUAUACAAGAAGGUUUAAGAGGCUUUUAUUCGGGAUUUACUACAAAUCUCGUUAGAACUGUACCGGCAUCCGCCAUUACUAUGGUUUCUUUCGAGUACUUUCGUUCAGUGCUUACUGCCUUAGAUAAUACUUUAGAGCACUAG